GGUCAUAUGACUCCAGUGCAAGAAAUAUCCCAACCUUCCGAUCAGCCUCCGUGCGUGCUGACGGGUUCGCUCUCCACUUUGCUCGUGUCAGCCGUUUCAUAGGUCCACUUGGUGUCCCCUGACGCGUCUAAACGAGAGCUAGACGCGUCGAUGACAGAUUCAGACCCAGAACCAUCGCGCGUUCAGAGUCUGAGGACAUAUGGAAAGCGUCGACAGAGCCCCACUUUGAAUCCUGAGACAUACAGUGUUGGGCCUGAUGAAGGAUCUUUGGAAAAUGAUACUCCAGGCUUUCCAGUGGUUUCCGCAAGCGCAGACGAAGAGGCUUCCGACAGCACCAAUUACCAUUGGAAAGCAAUGCUCACCCGGAUAGAUGCAGGGAAAGAGGAUGGAAAGCUGCUGUUUCCUGUUUCGUCCUCUUCUGGCUUUACCAGGGCACUUACUCCCUUAACGGAUGAGCACAGAACCCCCUUGCUGCCAGAUUCCGUUGAGGAAACCUUGCCUGUCAUACUCAAAUCCGUACCUGUUCCUUUAAGUGGGCCUGACCAGGGCUCGAACAUCCUCAUUAAUGCUUCUAUCGACCUUCCUGUUGCGCCACCUACCCACAAUGACCAACCUGAGCCUUCCGACGCAGAGGUAGGAUCGGGCUCGAGAGAGUGCAGGGAAGGAAAGAAAAAAAAUAAUCCACGUCUUACGAAACAAGAGAGACUCGAAAUGGAGAAAGAAACUGCUCGAGUUAAACCCGACGCGUGAUGAUGCAGGAUCCGCAGACCGAGUGGAAGCCUUUGCAACGCCCGAUGACUGCCUGGGAGCUCCCUUCGAACGUUGCCGCGUCCGAUCCCGAUGCGAUUGAGCUAUUCACCUCUUCGCCUUCAUCCAAGUCUGAGCAGUACUCGUCCAUUGCUUCGAUAGAGGGAUUAGUGGUUCCUCAUAGACAUAAUGAGCUGUCAUCCGUGUAUAGACGGCAUGCAUCUUACUGCGCUCCGCGGCAAACAUCACCUACACGAAGCCCUUUCCGAAAACUCCCCGACCUAAAAACCAAGCUACUUGACGCAUCAGACUCAGAAUCCGACAAUCCUCCUUCAGUGGAGGAGGUGAUAGCACAAAGUAACCGAAAAUCACUGGAAAAGAAGAACGUUCAGAACGCGCGGAAA